AUGAGUCUGAACUCAAGCUAUAAAGUCGUCCUGCGACGUCUUCCAACUGGUAACGACGUCUUGAAUUCCGUUUUCCUUCAUUCCGACUUGAGUGGUAGGCCGUACCGUGCCCCAGACUUCCGUGACGCGCUGCUUAAAGUGGUGAGCACAGCGGACAUUAUGGGAGUUGGCCAGUAUCAAAUGAGCCAUGUAUGGAUGGUUACGUGUGCAAGCAGCAUGGCGAAACAGAAACUGGUCACUUGUGGUGAGCUCCGUGUAGAAGGGCUGAAGUGCAUGGUUUUAAAUCCGGAGACCAAGAAUAUUAGGCUGAAACUUUGGCUUCCGCUUCAUCUUGAAUCGCGACGUGUUGAAGAGGCGUUCCAAGCUUACGGCGUUGUGAAGUCCGUUGAAAGAGAGGCAUGGAGAUGUGCAGGAAUGGAACAAUGGAUGACAAGAAAUAGAGACGUUGCCUUGGAGCUCAAGGACACCAUCACUGUGAGCUCAAUACCACACCUAAUGUCAAUCUAUGGCCACCAAUGCCUCGUACUUAUUCCCGGUAGGCCUCCACUGUGUAUUCGGUGCAAGCGAGUGGGGCAUGUACGACGACAGUGCAAAACACCGAGGUGCUUGCAGUGCCAGCGUUUUGGUGACUCGUCGGAUGCCUGUGUGUCAACUUAUGCCAACAAACUCCGUUCUCGCCAAGGCACAGAAGAGCAACGUCUGGAUCAUCUUAUGGAUGUCACUGAAGUAGUUCAUGCGACAGGAGAUGCCGCGGGAGCAGAAGAAGGUGCCGUAAAGGAAGUUGAACACUUGUCCAUGGAUACCCUUGGCACGCAAAAUAACACCGCUAGCGACGCCAGUGAAAACAUAAAUGAAUGCAUUGCUACAGGCGAACACCACUUGGAAGGCCUUAAAGACAAGCCUCCUGACAAUGAGGAACAAGAAGGAAUGGAUAGCAGUCAGACAAGGAAGCGUCAGGCACCGGUCACCAAUGAAGCAACAACGAGUGCGCCAGACACGACAGAGCAAGUGUCUUCGUGUGGUCCACGUGUCACCUUCUUUGGGGACCGAGAGACGCGCCGCCUAUGCCAGCGUCCUGAAGAAAGUGCUCCUAAAAAGUGCAAAGGAGGAUUGGAAGUGUUUGAGAACUGGGUCAAACGCAAGCUGCAUUGCGUCAAACGCACGUGGUGCCACACAUGGCCAAAUUCGAAAUCAUAUCAGAAGGAGGCCAUAUCAGAAGGAGGCCGUGGCUCGCUCAGCGUCUGCUUCAUCUCGCUGGCGAGCCAAGACGUCUUGGCACCCUACCCUUCAGCGAUGUGGAGGCUACAGGGCCCCUAA